UCUCUUAGAAUAAACAUGGAUUUUGCUGGAGAAACUGUUUCCGGGAUGGGUAGCCGAGAGUGGUUGACAUUUCUCUUUCCUUCUUUCCUUUCUCUAGAUAAGCUUUUGCCACUUUGAGACCUUUUCUUGUUUUGCUUGAAAAGUCUCAACUUUCCAAAGUUCCAAAUAUUAGUUUAAUUCCUGUCUCCUGUCUGAGGAGUGGCAGUAAAAAUGAAGCUAUCUUAAGAUAUAAAUUAAGUAGCUGUUGAGUGAUUAGAGUGAUUUUUAAUAGAGUUGAUUUUUAAAAAUUGGCAUUAAAAAAUAUAUUUUGUAGGUCCUAUUUUUUAUACAGACUUAUAUACAGAGGCUUUAAAUAUUAUUUUUUUUACUAAUAUAGAACAGUAGAAGUGGUUGAUUUCCUUAUUGAUUAUGGUUAAGUAAUAUGGAUACUUAUACGUUGUAAUUCAGCCACAAUGCCUCACUGCCAGUUGUUUUAAUAUAGUUUGGGAUUAAGUUGUCAUAGUUGGGGGAACAUUAGGAUUUAUCUAGUCAAAACUUCAGCUGGAACUUUACCUGUACUAUUCCACCUUUUGCUUGAAUGCUUUUGGCUCUAGAGAGCACAGUAUAUUUUAAUGCACCCCUCUUGUUAUUUCUAAAGACUAGUAAGUUCUUUAUUACAUCAAGCUACAUUCUGUUUGCUGUAAUAUUUAUAAACUUAUGCUAAUUAAGUAUUGUUUUCCCCUAAGGUUUCUUUUCCCGGUCUGCAGAAUCUCAAUACUCAACCAUUUCUCAUCUAAAAUGCUUUCUAAAUUUCUUACCAUUCUCUUUGCACACCUAUGAAUACUCUCUGGUUUAGCAUUGUAUUUUCUUAAGUGUGGUGAUCCUAGAACUACAUAUAGUUCUUUCCCUUUGGACUAACAAAUGCAUAGCAGUAGACUGUUUUGUCCUUACCUAUAUUCAGUAUUUCUAGUAGCUUGAAAUUCAUGAGCCUUUCACAAAUGGCUACUUUAAGUAGUUAGCUCAAGCUUGAGCUUAUAAUCAGUGAAAUCCCCUAGGUUUUUGCAUACAAAAACCUGUUAAGAUAGAGUUUUGUCUAAGCAAUAUUAUUUCAUGGUAAUAUAGCAAAUGUUCUGAUUAUUUUUAAAAAGUCAUCUUUAUUAAUUUUGGUAUUGGUUCAGUUUCUGGAAAAUGAGUAUUUCUGUUGGUUAGUUUAUUUUUCUUUCUAUAUAUUAAUUAUUAAAACUAAAAACAGAAGAAAACGGAGUGUUAACAAGGAUAUAGAAUAACUCAAACUCCCAAACCCUGCUAAUAGAAAUGUAGAUUUAGGCUGAAUAUGUACAUACUCUAUGACUGGCAGUUUCACUCUGGUAUAUACCCAACAGAGUCAUGUUCAUUAUGUUCAUCAAAAAGUAUGUACAAAAUUAUCAAUGAUACUUCAAUUAAAAAAAUACAUGUACCUAAAUGUUUGCAGCAGCAUUUGUAGUAAUCAAAACUGGAAAUUACCUGAUUCAUCAAUGGUGAAAGAUAGAUUUUGUAUAUUCUUACACUGUUGGAAUUCUAAAUAGUAAUGAUAAUGGAAGACCAACAAAUACAUACAGUCGUAUGGAUGGAUCUCACAAACUUAAUGUCGAGUAAAAUAAAUCAGACACAAAAGUAUGUAUAUUAAGUUGUUAACCUAUCACAUUAGAUGUCAGAAUAUAGGUUACCUUUAUUGGGAAAGAGGGCUUAGAUAGUAAUUACAAGAGGGCACAAGAGGACUUCUAGGAAGCUGGUAAAGUUCUGAUCUUGGUCUGCAUGCUGGCUACUUUGGUUUUGUGAAAACUCAUUGGGCUGUAUACUUAGAGUAUAUAUACUUUCCUAAUGUAUAUUUUGCAUACAUGAAAUUUUUAAAAAAUAGGGAAUAAGUUUACAAGUAAUUGAAUCUUAAGUUUUGCAGAAUCUGCACCUAUAGUUUUAAGCAGCACAUGUUUAUUUGACAAGUAAUUAACAGAUUAUUUUAGUAUAACAUGGAUGUUUAUGUAGGUUAUUGGAGAAAAUGAUUUUGAUUACCCUUCAUUUGAUAGUUUUUCAGUAUCCCCCGCAGCAGUACUAGUGUUUAAGCUUUGUUUCCUUGAAGAGGGGCUGGAGAUGGUGGUGGCUAUGGGGCAGGGGCACAUUAAUAUUUUGCAGUCAUUAUUCUGAAAAUUGAAAAUAUUUAUUAUAAUCUUGCCCUGUAAUUUUUGGCUUUUAUGAGGUUAUUAUGAAGUGAAACAUACUUGAUUUGUGUUAUGAAAGGAAACACUGAAAUCCAAACCAUGAGACUGAUUGUCCCUAAAAAUUCAUUUCCCAGUAGAUUCCAUUUAUGACUCACCAUUUUAUUUGGACCACUUUACCUUUUCUUAGGAAAUGAGAUUGAGAAUAAUUUCUCAUUAAAAAAACUGAGUAGCCUAAUACAUAAUGUUUAAAUUUGGCCUUUUGUGUAAUGAUUAUGUUUUAAUUUUGAAUUUCACAGAUAACUGGGGGAAAAUAUCAAGUUCUUCAGCUUUCAGAUUUCACGUUUUUGAAAUAUUAUUGGAAAGAAAUUGAAAUCCAUAGAUGUACAAAGUAGUCUUGUAUGGUAUGUUAACUAAGUGCCAACAAGGAUGUGGAGAACUUGUGCUUUUAUAUUGCUGGAAGGAAUGCAGAAUGGUGUAGCCAUUCUGGAAGACAGUUUGGCAGAUUCUUAUAAAGCUAAACAUAUAUUUAUCAUAUGACUCAGCAGUACCACUCUUAGGUAUUUGUACUACAGAAAUGAAAGUUAAAUUCCAUGAGUAGUUGUUCAUGGCAAUUUUAAUUGUGAUAGCCAAAGGCUGGAAACAGUCAGGUGUCCUUCAGUGGGUGAAUGAUAAAAACAAUAAUCUAUACAAAUCUGUGGCACAGUCUAUACAAUGGAGUAUUAUUCAUGAUACAAGGAAUAAACUGUUGAUGCAUGUAACACCUUAGCUAAAUAUCAAAGACAUACUGAAUGAGACAAGCCUGUCUCACAAGGUUGCAUUCUGUGUGAUUCCAUUUAAUUGACAUAAGACUUAGCACAAGGGACUUUUUAGGAUUAUGGAACUAUUCUGUAUCCUGAUUCUGGUCAUGGCUAUAUAUGUGUUAAAACUUACAGAGUUAUAUAUAUACCAAAGGAAAAAAGUCACUUUUACUAUAUGAUAAUUUUUUAAGAAGUAGGUGGUAUUCAAAAAAGGUUUAUUUUUUUUAUUGCAGUCCUGGAGUUUCUAUACCUUUCAUUUUACAUAUUUAUUAAACAGAAAUAAAUUGUUAAAAUUAUUGAGAAGUCUGUUUAACCACUUCUAGAACCUUAUGUUGUGUAGUUGUUAAGAGUCUAUAGUUAAUAUGUCCUUCCUAAUUAAUGGAGGAUGUUGUUGGGGGAGGAAUGGCCUCUGUCAAGUGACUUUAAUGUUUUCUUUAAUGUCUUUUCCCAUUUUAUUUUUCCUAUAAAUCACUCCGUAGAGCAUUUUAAACUUUUAACUAGGUUAAAAAAUUAUUAAGCUAGUGAAAUGCCACUAACUUUACCGUAUGGAUUCAUCUAAUGGCAAGAGGAUAGACAUAAAGGCGCACAACAACAAGAGUAUGUAUGGUUCAUAGUGGUGUUUCUUUCAUCUUGUUUUCUUGCUCUUGCCAUCCCUUUCCUUUUUUUCCUUCCUUUCAUUUCUUCCUUAUUUCUUCAACUGAUUUCAAUGAAGAAAUGUAAUUUGUGUACAGAUGGUCCCCAAUUUGUGAUAGUCAGACUUAGGAUUUUUUGACUUCACAAUGGUGCAAAAGUAGUAUUUAUUCAGAAGAAAUCAUACCUUGAAGUUUGGUCUUCUGGAUUAGUAAUGUGCAGUACAAUACUCCUAUAAUGCUGGGCAGCUCCCUGUCAACCACCUGAUCAUGAGGUUAAACAACUGAUAAAUACCAUUCUAAACCCAUACAACCAUUCUGCUUUUCACAUUCAGUACAAUAUUCAAUAAACUGCAUGAAAUAACUGAACACUUUGUUAUAGAAUAGGUUUUGUGUUUGGUGAUUUUGUCCAAUUGUAGCCUAAUGUAAGUGUUCUGAGCAUGUUUAAGGUAGGUCAGGCUAAGCUGUAAUACAUUAGGUGUAUUAAAUAUAUUUUCAACCUAUGUUUUCAGUUUACGGUGAAUUUGAGACAUAACUCCCCUGUAAGUCAAGGAAAGUCUGUCUGUGUGUGUGUAGAUAAACACACACACAGUUGAUCUUUGAACAAUAUGUAUUUAAACUUGUGCAAGUCCAUGUAUGUGCAGAUUUUUUUCAAUGAAUAUAUUGGAUAACUGUUAGAAUAUUUUUGACAGUUUGAAAAAACAUUUUCUUUUCUCUAGCUUACUUUAUUGUAAGAAUAUAGUAUAUAAUAUAUAUGACAUUGAAAAUAUGUGUUAAUCAGUUGUUCAUGUUUUUGAUAGGGCUUCCAGUCAACAGAGGCUACUAGUGGUUAAGUUUUUGAGGAGUCAGAAAUUAUAUUCUACUAAGGGUAAAAAAUACUAUAUAACAGCAUCUCAUGCUACAGACAAAUCAUUUGAGAAGAGUCAAUCAGUGUAGCAACCUUCACCGUUGUUUUAUUUUGAGAAAAUGCGACAACCACUCUGACCUUCAGCAACACCAGCCUGAUGAGUCAGCAGCCAUAACAUGGAGGGAAGAUCUUCCACCAGGAAAAAAGAGUAUGACUUUCUGAAAGAUCAGUUGAUGGAGAAAUCUCAAUUAUUUUUCCAAUGCUUAUGCAGCUGCAGUUAGUGCUGUAGAUCCUGAUGCAGGAAAUGGAGAACUUUGCAUUAAGGUUCCAUCAGAGUUAUGGAAACACGUUGAUGAAUUAAAGGUCCUAAAGAUACACAUCAAUUUUUCUUUGGAUCAGCCAAAAGGAGGUCUUCAUUUUGUGGUACCCAGUGUAGAGGGAAGUAUGGCAGAGAGAGGUGCUCAUGUUUUCUCUUGUGGGUAUCAAAAUUCCACAAGAUUUUGGUUCCCAUGUGUUGAUUCAUAUUCUGAAUUAUGUACAUGGAAAUUGGAAUUUACAGUAGAUGCUGCAAUGGUGGCUGUUUCCAAUGGCGAUUUGGUGGAGACAGUGUAUACUCAUGAUAUGAGGAAGAAGACCUUCCAUUACAUGCUUACCAUCCCAACAGCUGCCUCAAAUAUCUCAUUGGCCAUUGGACCUUUUGAAAUACUUGUAGAUCCAUAUAUGCAUGAGGUUACUCAUUUUUGUUUACCUCAACUUCUUCCAUUGCUUAAACAUACCACAUCAUAUCUUCAUGAAGUUUUUGAAUUUUAUGAAGAAAUUCUUACAUGUCGAUACCCAUACUCCUGUUUUAAGACUGUAUUCAUUGAUGAGGCUUAUGUUGAAGUAGCUGCUUAUGCUUCUAUGAGCCUUUUUAGCACAAAUCUGUUGCACAGUGCAAUGAUUAUAGAUGAGACACCUUUGACUAGAAGGUGUUUAGCCCAGUCCUUGGCCCAGCAGUUUUUUGGAUGUUUCAUAUCCAGAAUGUCUUGGUCUGAUGAAUGGGUACUGAAGGGAAUUUCAGGCUAUAUUUAUGGACUUUGGAUGAAAAAAACUUUUGGUGUUAAUGAAUAUCGCCACUGGAUCAAAGAGGAACUAGACAAGAUAGUGGCAUAUGAACUAAAAACUGGUGGAGUUUUACUACACCCCAUAUUUGGUGGAGGAAAAGAGAAGGAUAAUCCAGCAUCCCAUCUACACUUUUCUAUAAAGCACCCACAUACACUUUCCUGGGAAUACUACACUAUGUUUCAAUGUAAAGCUCACCUUGUAAUGAGAUUGAUUGAAAAUAGGAUCAGUAUGGAAUUUAUGCUACAAGUUUUCAAUAAACUGUUAAGUUUGGCUAGUACUGCUUCAUCUCAGAAGUUCCAGUCACAUAUGUGGAGUCAGAUGUUGGUUUCCACAUCUGGGUUUUUGAAAUCCAUCUCAAAUGUUUCUGGCAAAGACAUCCAGCCUUUAAUAAAGCAGUGGGUAGACCAGAGUGGAGUGGUAAAAUUUUAUGGAAGUUUUGCAUUUAAUAGAAAACGAAAUGUCUUGGAAUUGGAAAUAAAACAAGAUUAUACAUCUCCUGGAACUCAGAAAUAUGUGGGACCACUUAAAGUGACAGUGCAAGAGUUAGAUGGAUCCUUCAAUCAUACAUUGCAAAUUGAAGAAAACAGCCUUAAACAUGAUAUACCCUGCCAUUCCAAAAGCAGAAGGAAUAAGAAGAAAAAAAUUCCACUGAUGAAUGGAGAAGAAGUUGAUAUGGACCUUUCUGCAAUGGAUGCUGAUUCACCUUUGCUGUGGAUAAGGAUAGACCCAGAUAUGUCGGUACUGAGAAAAGUCGAAUUUGAACAAGCAGAUUUUAUGUGGCAGUACCAGCUCCGCUAUGAGAGGGAUGUUGUUGCCCAACAGGAGUCCAUUUUGGCCUUGGAAAAGUUCCCUACUCCAGCAUCUCGCCUUGCACUCACUGACAUACUAGAACAAGAGCAGUGUUUCUACCGAGUGAGAAUGUCAGCUUGCUUCUGCCUUGCAAAGAUUGCAAAUUCAAUGGUGAACACAUGGACAGGACCACCAGCCAUGAAGUCACUCUUUACUAGAAUGUUUUGUUGCAAAACUUGUCCAAACAUUGUGAAAACAAACAAUUUUAUGAGCUUUCAAAGUUAUUUUCUACAGAAGACUAUGCCAGUUGCAAUGGCUUUAUUGAGAGAUGUUCACAACCUUUGUCCCAAAGAAGUCUUAACAUUUAUAUUAGACUUAAUCAAGUACAAUGACAACAGAAAGAAUAAGUUUUCAGAUAACUAUUAUCGUGCAGAAAUGAUUGAUGCCCUUGCCAAUUCUGUUACACCUGCUGUCAGUGUGAAUAAUGAAGUUCGAACUUUGGAUAACUUAAAUCUAGAUGUACGACUCAUUCUGGAAGAAAUCACUAGGUUUCUGAAUAUGGAAAAACUUCUUCCAAGUUACAGACACACCAUCACUGUCAGUUGUUUGAGAGCCAUACGAGUGCUUCAGAAGAAUGGACAUGUGCCAAGUGAUCCAGCUCUUUUUAAAUCUUAUGCAGAAUAUGGCCACUUUGUGGACAUUCGGAUAGCAGCUUUGGAAGCAGUUGUUGAUUACACUAAAGUGGACAGGAGUUAUGAAGAACUGCAAUGGCUACUUAAUAUGAUUCAGAAUGAUCCUGUACCUUAUGUAAGACAUAAGAUUCUAAACAUGUUGACUAAGAACCCACCAUUUACUAAGAACAUGGACUCUCCCUUAUGCAAUGAAGCCUUGGUGGAUCAACUUUGGAAACUUAUGAAUUCUGGUACUUCACAUGACUGGAGGUUACGGUGUGGUGCUGUGGACUUGUACUUCAUGCUUUUUGGCCUCAGUAGACCUUCCUGCUUACCCUUGCCAGAGCUUGGGUUGGUUCUUAAUCUGAAGGAGAAAAAAGCUGUCUUGAAUCCGACCAUAAUUCCAGAGGCCAUAGCAGGCAACCAAGAAGCUGUGAUUAAUCCAAGUGGUCACACACAGCUAGUUGGAUUUCAGAAUCCUGAAGAUGAUCAUCUUGCCAAGGAAGCAUCAUGUAAUAUAUCAGCUCAUCAGCAGGGAGUGAAGAGGAAGGCUGAUACACCACUGGGGUUCCCACUAGAACCUGGUCAAAUACUGGAGAAGAAUGAGGAUAGCAGUAAAGUCAAACUCAAAAUCAGAUUUUCAAAUUCUCAAGAUGAGGAGGAGAUUGAUAUGGAUACUGUUCAUGAUAGCCAGGCAUUCAUUUCCCAUCAUCUAAACAUGCUUGAAAGGCCAUCAACUCCAGGGCUCUCUAAAUAUCGGCCAUUAAGCUCCCGAUCUGCUUUAAUACCCCAGCACAUACCAGGCUGUGAUGGGGUACCUACCACAAAACCCCAGUGGAGUAUGGAACUUGCACGGAAGGGAACAGGAAUUCAUUUGGGUGUUUUUAAUCUUGAAGGUAAAGAACCAUCAUCCUUGGAGAUGAGUAUGCAUCCAGUUGCAACAGCUCCCCUCUCAGUGUUUACUAAGGAAUCUACGUCCUCCAAACACAGUGACCACCAUCACCACCAUCACCAUGAGCACAAGAAGAAGAAGAAGAAGCACAAACAUAAGCAUAAGCACAAGCAUAAGCAUGAUAGUAAGGAAAAGGACAAGGAGCCUUUCUCUUUCUCCAGCCCUGCCAGUGGCAGGUCUGUUCGUUCUCCUUCCCUUUCAGACUGAGAAGGGGCAGAGACCUUUCCCUCAGUGUCCAGAAAAUACAUAAAUAUAUAUAUAGAACUAAGCUUUGUCCUCUGUAAAGAACAAAAGGAAACAAAAACAUAGUUAGCCAUCUCAUAAAUUUCAGAAUCCAUAUAAGUUCUAAAUAUUUGAUUCACAGUAUUUAUACAAUUGAGAUCUAAUUAGGAAAAUGUGUUUUAUAGUUCUGAAUAAACCAGUUCAUCCUGUUUUCUCCUUAAACACAAACACACCCCCAAACAUCUUUCUAUAAAGGUCCUCAUACCCACUGGCAGUCCCCAUUCACAUCAUGGUCUCCAUGUGUACUGCCAAAGCCAAUUAGGCUUUAGAGUCUUUGGAUGUUAUGGGGAAAAGUUAUGUUUUAAAAAGAAGCUAUUGCCAAAUCUGUGGUGAAACCACUAUUUCCAGUGAAAUACUGUAUAACACCAUUUGGAGCUACUGAAAAAGGCUUUUCUAUGGGAAUGUUCACUAUUACAUGGGUUUUUUUGGGUGUUAACCGUAGAGGCUAAAAAUCAGAAUUUAUGAAGAAUACAUUAUAUUCAUUCACUCUGAAGUACUGAACUUUAAAGAAGGGGCUCUUAAAAAAAAUUGAGUGACUUUUUGAUACUGCAUUCAGCAAUUAGGGUGCUGGAACUUAACAGAACUCUCAAAUCCAUAAUUAUUCUCAAUUCAGGAUGUUUAAAUUACCAGUUCUUUUUCUCACUAGGUAUGAGUGAAUAUGUUCAUAUUCAGAACAUGUUUGCUAAAUAUGGACAAUUUAUAUACUCAGCACAAUCUAAAAAUGAUUACUGUCUAAAACAAAGUUGGUACCUUUAAAAGGUGGUUAUAUACUGUUUAUUAAGUUGGACAUAGUUCAGCCCUCAUGUGAGUAAAGCAGAAGCAUUUCAAAAGAAUGAAACAUUUUGGUUUCAUACUUCAGUAGUUUGUAUGUUUGUCCUUUUGUUUUUAUUUCUGAAUUUACCCUGUGCUUUAUUGUUUGUUUAAAAAUAUUUUUCUCACCCAUUCUUUUUUUAUCAUUUCCCUUAUCAUUAGAAAAUUUAACAAAAUACUUCUUCCCAGAAUAGAUAUUUCAAAGGGAUCCAAUAAUGUUGGACUUUUAAAUAUACUACUUUUAGUUGUGUUUAAGUUGUUUAAUAAAUAACUUUUUAAAUUGA